AGUGAAGAUGAGCUGCUCAGAAGCUGUGAAUUUCAGUUUCUCUAUCAGGUGCCGGCCUCUAUCUGCCCGGAGGACGCCUCUGCACAUUGUUUAGUCCACAGCUGGUGACUGGAUCCACACAGCUCAGGAGAGCUGGAUUGUGUUCAAACGCAGCCAGGAGAAGAAUCCUUGGACCUGAGGACUGUGCCUUGGUGAGGUGAGGGCAGAGGCAGCUGGAUGAUGGCCUUUCUCUAAAUAACAACCACAGAGCCUGGUGGACGGAGAACUUGCUCAGUGACGUCCACUGCCAGGACACCCUGGCAAGCUCUAAGGAAAACCUCUCAGAGACAACAUUGCCAUCACCAUGGCCUGCGCACCAUUCACAGAAAACAGCUUCAUUGAGGCUGUUGUUGAGUGUCUCCAGGACAUAAUGAGCAGAGAAGAUCUGCAGCUACUGGUAACUGAAGAUGAAGCCUGGGAGACGGUCUUGGCAGAGGCAGGAUUGCCCAGGGAUGAAGCUGACGCGCUCCGUGAAGCUCUGAAGGGGCUUACAGAUGACAUGGACAAGGUGGACGAAGAGAGGCAGCAAGAAGGCCGGCAGGCUGGAGAGAGGUUUCUGGACUUGUUUCCUCAACUGAAAACUGAGCUCUUGGAGGACAUAAGAAAGCUCCGUGCCCUUGCAGGCCAAGCUAACAAGGUGCACUGGAAGUACAUUCUCACUACUGUGCUGGGCAUCCCCAGUGGCACAGCCUCUGAUAUCUUGACCCUCCUUGACCUAGUUCUAGUGUCCUUCACAGCAAGGGGCCAUCCAGCACCCCCCGGACCAGGUGACAAGACACCAGCCAGAAACAAUGUAGUUGAUUUGUCCUCUAUCCCGGUGGAACAUUCACACACAUCACCAGAUCAAGAGGAAGCCAGAGAUUUGAUGUCAGCCAUUGUGGAAAAACUGACAAGGUUUACAGAGUCUGUGGGUCGCUUCCCACCCAAAGUGUUUUCCCCAACUGAAAACUGGAACCAAUUCCUGAAAGGCAUUGGAAAGAAUAUCAGUGCUAUCAAGCUGGCCAACAGUGACCUUGAGUUAAUAAAAAAGGUCAAAGUGGCCAUAAAGAUGGAGAAUAUCAUGGUCCAAGGUGGUACAGGGGUAGUACAGUCAACCUUUGGACACACUGCUAUGGCAAUAAGCAGAGAAACCAAGAUAUUUUGUACAGCCACGGGAGCUGUCUUCUUGGGGUUAGACUUGUACAACCUUGUGCAAAGCUCUGCACACCAGCAGGAGGGGGAAAAGUCAGUGCUGGGGGAUGCACUUCGGGAGCAGGCUCAGGAGCUGGAGAGCAUACUGGAGCACCUGGACCAGGCCUGUGAGCAUUUGAAGUCAGACUCAAAUGAGUGACUUCUUCUUCGCAGCAGCACCCAGGUCAGGGAGGGUGUGCGACACACAGACAUGGACAAAAAGAGGCGUUUUAUUAGAGGGGAAAGAGGGUGAGGUGAAGGGCAUGAACCGAGGGUUAACGACUUCAUUUUUUUUCAUGGCUGAACACUGCAAAGGAGGCAUUAAAGCAAACAGCAAGUGGGUCAAAGAGAAGGCAGGAACCAGAGCCUAAAACAACUGACAAGAAGAGAAUGGUAAGUGUAGGAAAUGAGAGGAAAUAGUUUAUUUUGGGCUAAAGCAAACAUGGGGAACUACACAGAGGCAAGUAUAGGAAUAAACAAUGGAGAUGGUCAGAAAAACCGAAAAGUUGAAAAUGAGAGGAAGCCAGUGUUCAAACCACUAAAUAUGAGAGAGGAAAUAAGUGGCUACCCUACAGAACAUCCCCAUGAUCUGAGGUCUUAGCAAUAGGAAAGCCUAUCUCUCGCAUUCUCUAGCCCUGUCCUUCCAUUGUCCACUCUCCCUUAUGGCCAUCAGACAGUGACUUCCACCGAUCGUAGUGAUGGAGUCCAUGGUGGUAGUAGCAGUGGUGACAAUAACAGUGAUGGCUGUGCUGAUGAUGACUGCAGAAGUCGAGCACAAAGCAAGGUGCCCUUACUUUUGGGGGCCAACGUGCCAAGAGGGAUCAAGAAAAUCCCAAUGAAACUUCAAAUGCUGUGUUGGAAGAAAGGAAGGUGAUCUGGGAGUGGGGACAAAACCCAAUUCAAACAAAAGGCGAAGGGACCUGAUGAUGUGUAGACAUCAACCUCCUUGUGGUCAAGAGUCAAGGCCCUUCUGAACCUAGCUGUUGAGCUGUUGCGGGGCAUGUUGGACAAGAUGGUAUCUCAGAUCCACCUGGCUCUUCCUGUAUGUGUUCUAUAAACUUUGGUGCAAUAAAUAGUCACUAGUUAUGCUGGGGAAAAUGGGUGUAAAGAAGAGAAGUUUAUAAGCAAAAGCUGCUAUAAAAUGAAAGAAAAAGGCCCAGAGAUUCAGGAUUAUACAGAAUGUCAUUUUUACUGGAGACCUUUGCAUGGAAGCCUGUGGAGAGCCAACAGCUCUAUAAAUAUUAAGGUGGACAACUUGGAUUUCCUAUGAAAGGGUUAAGUGAAAUAUUAUAGAACUUGCUGCCCAGCUCUGAAGAAGUUAGGCAUAGGAGGAAGUGAUAAGAAUAGCACAAGGACACGAAACUAGGGAAAAAAAAACAUGGGACUGUCUCAAGGCCUGGGGACUUUCCAGAUGUGCCUUAUGUAAGAUGUUUUCUAUUCUUAAGUACUAUAAAAGAGAACAGUAAAGUCAAUAAAGAAGCUCGGAUGCUGGGAGCUC